CUUAUGCUGGAUGCAUGACUUCUCCGCCUUGUUCGAGUAUAAUAAAAAACUCUUACCUGCACGUCGUUCUCCUGUUUCCUGCAUCUUGGGGUCACAACCGCCGCACCCGUGCGGGUUCCUCACAGAAGCGUGUCAACUUGGGAAGAUCACCUCUGUGAAUACCCAGCGCCGCGUGACUUUCCAUCUCCCGAACGGUUCCCAGGAGAGCUGCAGUGACAGCGGGCUGGGAGAUCCGGAGCCGAGCAGCACGGCCAGCACCUCUCAGGGUCUCCCGCUGAGCUUCCCCCAGGAGGAGUACUACGAGCAGACAUCACCUAACAGCCGCACCGAGGGAGAUGGCAACUCGGACCCCGAAUCCAGUCUCCCGGGGCCAACAGAAGCAGCCUCUGUUGUGAUCAAAUCCGGGACCACUGCAAGCGUGCCCUUGAUCCCGCGUUGGCUUAACUCGGCAGGUCACCAAAGGGGAAGCAGAUGUUGUCUCCAGGCGUGUCCCCCGCUGCCUCCGCCAGGGCGCCGGCUUGUGUCGGCGAGCUUACAGGUGCGGAAGGGGGCUUGGCGACGAGAGCAGCGGGGUCCGCGAAGCCACCGCUCACACGCCACAGGCCAGCACGAGGGAGAGCCUGCAAUGGCGCAGAUUUGCUCAUUUUGAUCCACUGAGGUAUAAUAAUGGAUGAUCAGCCGUGCUGUCGCAUCUGUGAGUCGCUGGUCCGUGGACUAAUACAGCCCUACAGCAACACAUGGCCCUGUGAACAGAGGGGCCUCGGGGUCA